CGUCAGGGUGUUAAGAGUUUCCAAGUAUGGAACUUCGACGUCACUCUUGUCUGUGCCCUUUCUUUCGUUUGUUCAAAUCUCCCUCGUUUGUUUACUUUUACUUCACUUCCAUCAAAGCCUCCGGCUGGUUCUGUACUUAGGGAAAUUAUCCCCCCCCUGAUUCCUCCGUUCACAUUCCCACGUUUUCUUACCGCUACCGGGCAAUAACCAACCAACCAUCAUGCUCCUCCAACCCAUCACCAACCCCAGUAAAUGUACCCGCUACAUUGUUGUUCUCCUCAGCAUAUGGGCCUUCAUCUACCUCUUCUCACCCUUCAACCUCCGCCUCGACAAAAACAACCACGGCCACGACGACGCGGAAGCAAACAAGGGCAGCUCCCUCAGCCAGCACGAUAUCUGCCGCCCCUACGGUUGGAAACCCUACCAACCCCGCCAACCCUCGGACCCUCCCCGCAAGAUAUACGAUUUAGUUCUCGUCACCACGGAACUCGACCUGCUCGAAGUCCGUUUAAACACCACCUGGGACGCCGUCGACUACUACGUUCUGGUCGAGAGUGCCAAGACGUUUACAGGGCAGAAUAAGCCUCUGCUGCUUCAACAUGCACUCGACUCCUCCUCGCGGUUCGACAGCUACAAAUCCAAGAUCAUCUACCACGAAGUUGAACACCCCGAGGAUUCCAACCCCCCGCCUUCUCCCGCGACGAGAAGAGCAUCUGUGUCCGCAUCUGGAUCGGGAUCGGGAUCGGUACCAUCAUCACCAUGGGAAGAUUUCCACCUAAACGCCAUGUUCGAUCAAGUCUUUCCUUCUCUCGCAGCUGAUGAAACUGAACCCCCCACCAACCCCAGUUUGAACUCAUCAUUAUCAUCAUCAUCAUCAUCAAUACCUUCCCCCCGCAGCCCCCAACAAAACGACAUCCUCCUCCUCUCCCUCGCCUCCGAAAUCCCCCGCCCACAAACUCUUGGUCUUUUGAAAGAAUGUACCUUCCCAGCCCGCCUUACCCUCUCGUCCAAAAUGCACUACUACUCCUUCCAAUUCGUCCGUCGACCUUCUUGGUUCUCUCGCACGCACGAGUACGGUCCGGGGUACGUAGAUCAAGAGUCCAAAAAAGUGGAGUGGGGACAUCCGCAGGCUACGGUCUACAAGGGGGUACAUGUAGGAGGCAAGACGGUGAUGAAGAUGAGCGAUUUGCGGUAUGGAUUAUCUACUUCUGGUUCUGGUGUUGAUGUUUUCACUGGUAGUAGUAGUGAAAGUAAAAGUAAAAGUAAAAGUAAAAGUCAAAAGUGGUGGUGGUGGUGGUGGACGACAGCAAAAGAGUGGAUGUUGGACAAGGGGGGUGAAAAUUUCUGGUUGGGGUUACUAGCCAAGUGGUGGUUGUGGUUAUGGGAUGAUGGAAGACAAGGACAACAAGAACAACAAACGUUGCAAAACGCCAGCUGGACAUGUCAGUUUUGUUUUCCUACCUUGUCGGAAUUUCUCCUGAUGAACGACGAGGUAGAUGGGAUAGAUCGUCGUCGUCGCCAUCGCCUUGGCGCCGGUGGUCCUUUCGGUGAAAUUGAUGAAAUGGAAAGAGACAGGAUAGUCCGAUACGUGCGAGAGGGAAAAGAUCUCUGGGCUGAUAUCCACGAGCGGCAAGGUGAAAGGAAAAAGUGGGUAUUUGAAGACGUGGUUAACAACACGGACGUUCCGAGUUUCUUGUUGGAGUCGCCAGAAGGAAAAGAGGGCGGGAGGUUAAGGUUCUUGAUGGAGAGGGGAGGGAGGAGUGGUGGGUUUAGGGAUUACCAUGAGGUGUCGAGGGUGGGGGUGAAGGAUAGGGGGGGAAGGGAAGAAGCUCAGGAGAAGGUGAUGGGGAAGUAG